AUGCCAAAAUUCCAAAAAGGUAACAAGUGCGGUUUCAAACCCCAAAAUGUGCCUCACAAUAAGGGGGUGGAAAGUAAGCGAAAGGAAAAUUUACCUGCACCGUACAGGAGACUGUCUGAGGACAUGCAUCAGAUGGUGACGGUGACUCCCUCAGCUGCUGAAAGGCAGGAAAUGAUGCUGCGACCCAAGUGCCACCACCUCCUCAGGCCAAGGAAGCCAAACAAUGAAAGUGUUCAGGAGGGCCUAAAUGAAAAUGAAUCAGAACAGCUGGCUAACCAAAAUUCCCAUAGACUCCUACAUCUAAGAAAAACAGCCGAGAUGUGGAAUGAGGUCAUGCGAGUCCACCGGCAUGAGAAACCAGGCUGUGAUGGACAACUAUCAUUGGACCUGGCUACCGAAGAGAGGCGAGGCCUUGGAAGCAGAUUGGGCCUCUGCUGCACCACGUGUGGAUAUGCAUCGAGGCGGUAUAAUCUGUAUGAGGAGGUAGAGUCCAAAACCCGGGGUAGAAAAGCUGCCACUGUUAAUUAUGGGCUUCAGGUGGGCCUAAGUCAAACCCCCAUAGGCAAUGAUGGGAUGAGGAAAAUUCUUCUUUCUACUAACACUCCCCCUCCUUCUCGUAAGUCCCUGCAAAAAACAUCAAAUAAAAUUAUGCCCCUAAUAGAGACCCUUAAUGAAGCUGACAUGAGUAAUCGGUGUCGCCAGCUGGUGGAUGUCAACACUCUAAGGGGAAGUGACUCCCCACAUGCCAUCCCCGUACAGUGUGAUGGCAUGUACAAUAACCCCCUGUACUCGGGGGUGGGUGAGACACCCUUCCAGCCGGCGACACAGACAGUGUACUCAUUUGCUGAAAAUGUCACAUCAAAACACCAAAUUGUUAAAAUGGUUACAAAAAAUAAAAUCUGUUCCAAACAUGGCCACUUACUGGAGGAGGGCACUGCUAACCACCAAUGUAGUCCUGGGGUGUGUGGGGCAAACCUACCCAUGCAGCAUACAAUAGGGGAUGAGUUUACAUGGGCUCGGGAGGGGAUGGCGGAACUCCUCUGCAAAGAUGGCCUCGAGGUAAGGGAGGUAACCACUGACCCGGACAGCUCCGCUGGUCGAGCUGCAGAUUCCCUCUAUAAGGACGGUCUGCUACAAAAUAAACCAGUACACUAUAUUGACACUCGUCACUUGUCUGAGAAUAUUAGGAAGUCAAUCAAAAAAGAUCAAAAACUGUUAGAGGUCAUGCCAAAAAGAACAAAGGCAGAAAAAACCAAACUUUUGCACAAUUUUGCCCUUGAUGCUGUUGACAGAUGCACGGCAGAGAUAAACCAAGCUCAAGCAGCAUAUGCCGGAGAUGCAGAUAAAAUGAAAAACAAAAUAUCUUAUGCCAAACAUGCAAUAGUAAAGUGUUACAUGGGGGAUCAUGCAUUAUGCAGAAAACACUCUCUAGUGUGCAAAGGCAGAGUUAGUAACAAUUGGGUUAGGAAGAGUUCUUAUUUAGGUCAUGAUUUCACAAUACCGUCUUCAGUCGAGAACGAGGCAAGGCUCCAUGCCUGCAUCUCAAAGAGGUUGUGUCCAGCUGUACUGGACAGGACGAUCAAAAACAGCAACUCACAAAAGGCCGAAAGCUUCAACAGAGAACUCUGCGACGAUCCCUACCUCGUAAUGUCACUUUCACGAGAAACUUUGCUGGUCGGGCGCACAGUGCUGCUCACUCUUCUAAUCACGGUCCGGGCAGCUCCAUCAGAGGUCUCUGUGCAGGGGUUGGUGCCCCCAUUCCCACUGGUGGCCAGGUUGACCAUUCCCUAG